AUCAAAAUUAAACCGUCAAAAAUUUUAUUGGAAAAUUAAUAUAAAAAUUUGAAGUAAAAAAAUGUAAUCGUAAAACGCAAAUAUGCUAGUAAAAUUAGUCGUGUAUAAAAAUUUGGAAACAGAUAUGAACAUUAUAAUAGAACAAUAAACUAUUGCUUCAAAAUGUUAUUAUAAAAUUGGCAGUGUCAAAAGAUCGUCAAAAAUACAUGACAACAAUGGCUUAAAAUCUUCAUAAAUCUUCGUAAAGCUUUCAUCAUUUAGGAACUUUCAUAGUACAGGAAUUUUCAUAGUUCAGAAAUUAAAUCAUGAAAAAAAUAAAUCAGUACAUUACGACCUAUCAGAAAGACUAUACCUGGCCUGACGAUGUGUCGUCUAAAUGUUUUCAACCUCCAAUUAAACCAAUUGUCGUUAAAGAUUGCACUUGUACUGAUUCGCGACAAGAAUAUAAAGAAUUAUUAGAUGGAAAACUUGAAAAGUAUCGCGAUUGGAGUCGGAUGGGUCCUAUGGGACGACUGCUGGAGCCAAAGAUUUAUGAAAUCAAAAUCGAACAGGCUCCCAAGAGAGAAAUAAUGCGAUUAGAUCGACUAACCAAUAUUUGCUUUAAAGAAGCAUAUCCUGGUUUAUACGAGACGUUAGAGAAACCAUCUCGGAAAGAACCAAUGGAGCGGAGGGAUAUUGAUUUUAUGUAUAAAACGACAUAUCAAAAGGAUUACAGUGAUCCUGCAGCUGCACGUAUGACACAGCGAGAUGUGGCGUUGACAGUUCCCGAUACAACUGCUAAAUGCCCAUCGUGUAGUAUCCCAAAAAUAAUCAUGAAAACUGAUUGCUCGCCGUAUUGUUCUUUGUCUUCCUCGAUAUAUAAUGGAGAUGCGAGCUUUGGAAAACGUUAUCAUGAAUCAAAAAUCAGAUUAAAACGCGAAAAGAAAUGUAAAGAUAUAAGACAGAUGUCAUUGCCAUCCUGGAAAUCGGAGUAUCAAGAUAGCAUCAAUAAAAUCGGUCACGCCAUUAUGAGAGUUAAAUUACAUCACGCAAAGAAGAAAACUUUACCAAUCCAGUAUCAAUAUAGUACUCCAUGCAGCAGAGAAUAACGUAUUAAGAAAUUUAACUAACAGCCAAAUUAUAUACAUAUGAAAGUCA